CUGGAUGUGACACUGUUUUUCUGAUUGUUUUAUUCAGAUCAGAUUUUUUUUAAUUUACAGAUAUGUUUCCCUCCAAUAUGUCUUCCUCUAGUGAAGAUCAUGUUCUGUAGAAUCAGCCUGAGAAGUUUUCACUAGUUUACUUAUCUUGGAGGCGAUCUCAUCUUGACUUUUUGGUGCAUUUCUUUAUAACAUGCUAUUGUCUCAUUAAAGUCUCUACAGAAUGGACUCCGUCUCUCAGAACCUGAAAGAUGAGAUCUCUAAGCUGCUGAAUCCUCACAGAGUGUGUCUCGUGACUCCUGUCAUCCUCCACCCCCCCGCUCAGACAUGUGGGAGGUCGGCCAGCAGGUUUGUGGUUCUGAGUCUGUGGAGAGGUUACCUGUUUAACAACAAGCCACCUGUCAGGAUGGAGAGCACCUUCAGCUACUUGGAGAUUUGCUCCAUCAACAUUCACAGUCUCACUCAGGUUGUGUUGGAGACAGACCGGCAGACUCUGUCCUUCAGUGUUUUGCAUGUUGAGGAUCUGGAGGCCAUGGUGUGUCACAUGACUGCCUCUCUGAAGAGGAUCUUCCCCGACUCUUCUCCAGGAAAGCUGCUGAAGACGGUUCCUGCUGAUCUGCUGCAGAGAAUCCUCACACUGACGGAUGAGAUCGAGGAGCAGCUGAGCAGCCGGCCGGGCUCCUGUGGAGGAUUCUCUGAUACCUACGCUGCUCUGUGUGACUUCAACGAGAUGCCGUUCAGAGAGGAGAUCCAGUGGGAUAUUGACAACAUCUACUACAUGAACAACUGGAGAGAGUUCAACCUGCAGGACUUCAGCCACUUAGACAGCAGAGACUUGGCAUUAGCAGUAGCAGCUCUGUCUUUCAACCAGUGGUUUACCAAGAUCUACAGCAAGGAGCUCAAACUGUCAGUGGACAUCCAGCAGCAGCUAACCUUCCUGCUGUCCAGAUCCCCCAGUCUGGAGGAGCUCUCACUGGAGGCCAGCGGACUCAAAAUGGACUUUGCAUUAAAGAUGGCCACUGCCCUGCGGGAGCACCCCUCCUCCACCCUGCAAUCCAUCAACCUCUCAGGCAACCCCCUGGAGGACAAAGGUGUCAUAGCUCUCAGUCAGGAGCUGGGGAGUCUAGCUGGAGGACUCAGACUCCUCUCUCUGUCCCGGGUAUCAAUGACUGCUAGAGGUGCUGGAUGUCUGAGUCAGGUGUUGUCCUCCACUCAGCUGUUCUCAGCGUCUCUGACUCACCUCGACCUGUCUGCUAACCCCGGCAGCAUGGGCAACGAGGAGGCCACGUUUCUCUUCAAGUUCCUGUCCAGUACUAACUCUCUGUCUCAUCUGGAUCUCAGUGAUACCAGCUGCCCUCUGGACACGUUAUUUGUUUCGCUGUCUGCUGGAUGCUGUUUCAAACUGAUGCACCUCAACCUGGCCAGGAAUCCUUUCAGCCACAGGAAGGUGCGGGAGGUGACCAGGAGCAUUGGGCAGUUCUUCAGUCAGAGCUGUGAGUUAAAAUAUGUCGGCCUGUCUGCAACCAAACUACCUCCACAAGCUCUCAGGUUAUUACUACAGGGUCUGGCCACCAACAUUCUUCUAUUAGGUUUAGGGUUGGACAUCAGCAGCUGUGAGCUUCGUUCAGCAGGUGCUCAAGUGAUACAGGAGCAUAUCUCUGAAGUUACAGCUAUCACAAGUCUGGAUAUCUCUGACAAUGGUUUUGAGAGUGACAUGGUGACUCUGGUUCUGUCUGUGGGUCGAUGUCCCUCUCUCCGGCAUCUCACACUGGGAAGAAACUUUGCCAUGAAGUCCAGACCUCUCACUGAUGUUCUUCAUCGUAUAGCUCAACUCAUUCAGGAUGAAGAGUGUCCCCUGCAGUCUCUCUCAGUGAGUGACUCUAAGCUGAAGGCAGGGAUGCACAUCCUGCUAAGCGCUCUGGGGGGGAACGCUGCUCUGACUGAGGUGGACAUCAGUGGAAACAACAUUGGAGACACUGGAGCCAAAAUGCUGGCCAAAGCCCUGUUGACAAACACCACACUCAGGACUCUAUCAUGGGACAGAAAUAAUGUUACUGCAAGAGGUUUCCAGGAUGUUGCUGAUGCCUUGGAGAGGAACUUCACUCUGCAGCAGGUGUCUGGCCUGGCUGAUAUCACACAGAGUUACCGCGGCAACCCCGACAGAACAGAAGAGGCCCUGCACAAGAUUCAGAGGUGUUUAGACAGAAACAACCAAAGACAAUCUGACAGAGUGGAUCUCCAGCUGUUUAAAGCCCAGCAAUCUGAGAUGCAGGUCCAGGGUCUGUGUCUGCAGUUAGAGGACAGCCUUCAGCGUUUAAACCCCGGCAACCCUCAGGAGGUCCAGGCUGAAGUCCUGACGGCACAGGAGGUUCUGCACAACGCCAGGGAGUCCUUCAAGCUGCUUCCCACUCUGUAUGAGGAAGGCAGGAAGGCUGCCCCUGAUGGAGGACUGGUGAACUGCAUCCUCACUGACGCUGCUGCAUCACUGGCUGAUGAGAUCAACAGAAGCAUACAGGGUCUGGCUGAAGGCCUGAUGAGGGGGGCGGAGGGGGCGUGUCCUUGGGUGGUGCAGCGCUCCAGUGUGUGCGAGGGUCUGUCAGAGUGUGUGUCCAAAAGAAGCAGACAGACACACACUUUCCUGAGAAGCACUCUGGUGGAGAACACAGGGCAGAUCAUCAGCAACAGACUGCGAGACCUCAGACAGACGUUGAGUGUCUCUCUGGCUGAAAGCAUCAUGGAACAGGUGCAACAGGAUCUCAUAAUGGCACAGGACAGAGUGAAUAUCCUUUUAAAAGAAAAUCCGUGCACCUCUCUGAAAAUGAACAUCCCAGAGCUUCGACUGAUUGACAGCGACUUCCCAACUGAUGAUUACAGUCCAGCGUGUUGGAGAGACAGUUUCCACUCCAAGAGCCUGAGGCCUGCCGCUUCCAUAAAGAGUCUCCUGGAUGCAGACUGGGAGCAGCAGAUCAGAGGAGGAGGUGCCAGAGAAGAAGGGGGAGGAGGAUGGUGCGGUGUCCCUCUGUUGUCGACAGCAACCCCCAUGUCAGUCAGGUCUCCAAGCCCCUCCCCGUCCCCCCCGGGAAUGAGGGGGAGGAGGCGGAGGGAGGGGGAGGCGGCAGCAGCGUUGGAUGCUGCAGCAGCGAGAGGAGCAUCGUUCAUUCCUCCUACCAGCCCCCCCCUCCUGCGCUCCAUCUCCGCUGCAGAGGAGGAGGCUGCCGGCCGCGGAGGCUUACCCAGACGACAGGCUCCCUUCCCCGGCUGCAAGCCCAGCCCAGGCUCCCUGCUCAGCUCUGGACCCCCUGCUUCCCCAAUGGAGCCUCUACCCACCCAGGGACAGACUCUGAGGCACUACACAGCCUCCCGACCACGGCCACGACGCACACAUACACAGCCCCCGUCCUCCAGGCCUCAGGAGCCUGUUUUAAAGGUAGAGCCGGAGAAUGAGGCCACUGAGGGGAUGGGCCGAGUGGAUGAAGGAGUAGAGGAGUUCUUCACCAAGAAAAUCAUCCCUGACUAUGCACUAAAAGGUCGGUGGGAGGAGUCAAUCCCUGCCCCAGCCACUCCCCCAGACUCAAGCUCCACCCCCUCAGCCUCAACCCCCUUUUCCUCUUCGUCUGACAAUAUCACCAUCUCCCCCAGCACCACUGUCACCUCUCCCUCUGUCCCAUCCACUGACACAUGCUUUACAUCCACUGAUGUACCCCUCCUCUCUACAUCCUCCACUCCCCCCGCACCCCCCUCUUCUGUCACCCCCACCACCACACUUCCCACCAAAAACAUCAAGAAAAAGUUUGGCGACUUCUUUGCCUUCAAGAGGGCUCGAGGCGGCCGAGCCCCCAAGGCAGGAGGGGGAGAGGGAGGAGGAGAGGGGGUGAAGGUCAAAAGGACCUCUAUCGCAGACCUCAUCCGACCCCUCCGCGAGGCCAAAGAGAGGGAGAGGGACAAGGGGAGAGGGGCAAGGUCAGUGGAGGAUGCUAACGUUUGUAAUGAUGCCGCCACCACAGAAGGAACCGCUGCCCCGGGCCAGCAUCCUGCAGGCGAUGCGAAGGGAACGAUGGCGCCUGCCAAGACUUUAACCACGACGACGCCUUCCAGUGACACCACUCCCUCUUUCCCCAAUACCGCCACAAGCCCCGACCUCACCACUGCCACACUAUCCAAUCUAACAGGAGAGGCAGUUCCUCUCUUGCUAGGCCCCACCUCCAGUCCUGUAGUCACCUCCCCUCUCACGGAGCAGGAGAGGGGCGGGGUGCAGAUGAAGGAGAUGUUGGGAGGGAGUCCGUUUGGAGAGAGGAGACUCAAGGUGACCAAGAGGUCGCUGAGGGAGGGAAAGAGCCAGAGCCUCAUCCUGCUGACAGGGUUAGAGCCUGAAGACAAGGAUGACACACACAGUAAGAAACAUGCGUCUGAGAGCACGUCUAGUUUUGAACAGAGGCUUCAGGUGAUGCUGCACAGAAUGGGCGUGGCCAAAACUCCACCUGCUGACACCAAGACCAGUCAGAAUAAAGACGAGGAGCUGAGAAAGGCCAACUCUGAAGGUGCUAUCCUGGACAAGCCUGUACCUCCUCCCACAUACAUGAAGCCCAGAACCAUGUCCACGUCAUCAGCUGACCCCAGACAUCCAAUGAGAGCGCUGGACCCCAUCAGACCGGACCCCCCUAUUCACCCAAAACCCACCGUUCACGAGCGCCCAGUCGGCCCCCUGCCGCCUAAACCUGCCGUGGCAGCCAAGCCUCCCCUCCCCACCCCGGCCUCUCCUGCCGGGGGGGCAACCCGUCCCUCCUCCGCUCCCCCCCCCAGCAGCUCAGCAGGGAGGGUGCAGCUCAGACACAUCCAUGACGGCCGGCUGAGCGAUACUACAGCACAGAACGGCAGCCAGGAGCGGCCCCCGGGUGCAGCCUCCGCUCUGUCCCCCAGGAAGGAGCUGCUCCCCUCUGCUCCGUCAGCCUGGAGGGGGCCCGGCACACAGGAGCGCUCGGAGAAAGCGCAGUCAGUGACCGACGAGAGUCUUCCUAAGACACGGCAACACUUGAAGCCCGUUCUGAAACGCAGAGCUGUGUCAGUCCAUGAGGACACUCUGGCCAUGACGCAAGAGCUGAAGGCGGUGCUGCAGAGGUCUCCUAUCCGUUUCCGCGGCUCCAGAGGAGACCUGCCCCCCUGCACUGAAGACCCUCCCUGUGUGGAGGAAGCACAGAGAGCUCAGGAGGCCGGUCACGCAGGGAAACAAGAAGAGAAGAGGAAGACUGUCCAGGAUGAAGAGGAGCUGAAGGCAGAGAGAGGCAGGAUGGGCUGUGGAGCUGAAACAAAGCCCCCUCCCCCAGGCUCAGCGUGUCCCUCCUCCACAGAAGCAUCAGCAGCCCGACUCUUCAGUCCAACUGCAGCCUCCGACAGACCCCCACCUGUCCUGGAGAGGCUGAUCCACGGCCUCCAAAAGCCCCCUGUAACCCCCCCGUCUGAGCAGAAGAGCCCCAGCACAGGCCCCCGUUUCCCUCAAACUCUAGAAAAACGACUACUGUCCCCACCCUCCCAAGAAAAGACCCCCGGCACAAUCUCAACUAUAUCUGAAUCCCAAGAAAACCCACGAGUUAGCCCCCUGUCCCUCAAGAAGAAAAGCCCUGGCACAGCCCCCCCCCCAGAGGAGGGGAGGAACAGCACACAGGAGGAGCUCUCUAAACAGCACACAGUGAAGGCAGCAGACCAAAGAACUGAGCCCCCUCUGUCCGAAUAACACAAACACGGACUUAAAAAAGGACAUAAGACGCACCUGGGCAGAGAGGGGGGCUGUGACAUCACUGAGAUCAGGAUAUAGGAGGGUAUACCAAGUCUGAGAACAGCAUGAAUGUUGUACCCCCCUGUAGAAAGCUGCUGUGUCCCGUGUCAGGGUGCUCGCUUUGAAAGUCUCAGAACCAAUACCCUGUGUCCACACAGCGUCUCCACGUCUUCACAACGUUGCUGUUGCGUGACAGGCUAGCAUCGCCCCUUUUCAUUUUAUUA